GUACAGUGAUGCAGGCUGCAGUGGCGUUUGAGCUGCCCCGUGUGUGGCUGAUGUAUGUGUUCCUGUGGAUGGUGGCGAUGACUGGCAGCUACAUGCUCGGCUGUAUGACCGUUCAUCAGACGUUGUACCAGUAUGGCUGGAAUUUUCAACCUCGUGGGCCGUCUGCAUACAUUGAGAACAGCUCUCUUCAGUUGGAGUCUCUAAAGGAUAAAGAAAAACACUACGGUCCAUGGCCUGGGAAUAACAGCUGGCGAGAGCUUCAUUUCAAGUCGUCGGACAUAAUCAGAAAAACAGUCAGUGAAGUUUUUACACCAGAACGAGAUAUCGUACUCUUCUCAAAUUUCGACAAAGACACGGAAAGUUGCCAUCUCCAUGGCGAACCUUAUCAGGAGUGUCGGGGCAUCACGCCAAUCAAACGGUACAGGACAUGCGCAGUAGUGGGCGGAAGCGGCAUCAUCAAAGGCACCGGCUGUGGACCGGAAAUCGACCGCCAUGAUUUCGUCAUCCGAUUCAAUAUGGCGCCCAUCACUGGAUAUGCAAAUGACGUAGGGGUCAAAGUUGACAUGGUAGUGGUUGGUACCUUCAAGCUGCACAUGAUGAAAAAUACCCUGGAAGCCGAUCCAGACAGCCUCCACACUUUAGCAAAAUGGAAGCCAGAGAAGUACAUGUCCAGCAUAGAGGAAAUCCUAUCCAGACUCAAAUCAUACAACAAUUCGAUCUUCUUUUAUCCCAAGCCAAUUUUUGACCCUUUGUCGGGACGAGGAAGGGGGCCGGAUAUGCAUCUGAACGCUUUGAAUAACAUGUGGAGAGACAUUGGCUUAAACAUCACCAUUACGUACAACCUCUUUAACCUCAGGGAUCUGACAGUCCAAAUGCUUGAACAGCUCUACCCAAAGUUCCGAGCGCCCUCUGUCGGAAUUAUUACGUACCUGCAAGCUCUCACGUUCUGCGACCACGUGAACCUAUACGGGUUCUACCCACUGCCAAGGGACCCACUGAACAGAGUGGUCCCUUUCCACUACCACGACGAUCUUUUGCCUGGUAACGGAAAAAUACAGAAGCCACAUUUCUACCAGUUAGAAUAUGAUUUAAUGAGAGAACUGGACGAUAAAGGGGUACUUAAUUACUAUAUAGAUAAAUGCGUUCAAGAACCAACAUCGUGAUAUUUGCUCCACACAGCGUGGGCUGUGCAAUUUUAUGUUUCGGCACAAAUUCAUCUGUGUUGUAAUACUGUAUAGUAGAUAUUUUACUUCGUUUCUCAGUUUAUCAAAUACAUAUAGAUAUUCAGUGAAUGUACAAUGUAUAUCCAUACAAUUAUUAUGAUGUUGACAAUAGUAGUAUUCUGAUGUAGUCAUUUUAAGUCUAAAAAUGUAUGAAAAAAAAGAAGAC